UCUUCUGGCCAGCAGAGCAAUCGGAAGCUUUUUUUUUGGGUUUUAUUUGCGUGUGAAAAAUUUUCCUGGGAAAAUCUCCAGGGGAUUCUGUGUUAAAUGGGAAGAGGGAUGCAAACAAAGGAGAUUUAUUGAACUCUCCCUUGAGAAUUAAAGAUCCCUCAACGGACUUUUAAAUAGCAUCUGUUGUUGCAUCUUUGGGAUUGUGUUAGAAGAGGAGGAAAAAAAGGAGCAGAGAGAAGCAAGAAAUUCCUCAGCUCCUAUUGUUUUCUCUGGCGGGAUUUUACCUCCCUUGAGGAGGGAUGGAAAUAGAGAUGGAAGAUUGGGGUAGGUGUGAGUAUGAGUGAGAUGGGGAGUGAAAUUGAAAAAAAAACGAUCAAAAUCAGCUGACACCAACGACAGCUGCAAAGUUUACAAAUGGCCGCCAAAGAAAGCCGAAGUUGCACGAAGAUGUGGCGCUUCGGGGGGAGCUUUUCCAGUUGUCAAUGGCGUUUGUUUGGAAGUCUCACGGGAACUUUCGCUCCGUUUUUAAUGAAAUGCACAUCGGAAUUAGCCCAAAAAGUGACCCCAAAUAGGUGGUGAUAGUGUUUUUAGUGAGUGCAAAUGGUGGUUUGGGGUGUGGUGAUACUGAAUUUGUGGUGAAAGGUAAAAAAAUUUCUCAGUAAAGCCCCUAAAUGUCAAUGGCAAAAUGCUAACCUUCAAAUGCUUCUCCUCGUGCAGCUAUUUUAUGUUUAUCGUGGCAAUUAACACAUUUUCUUCGAUAUAUCUCUCUUAUGGUGCUCUUGUGGAUCGUGGGCAUUGGUAUCCGGGUCAAUUGGAGCGGGGUGUUUAGGGAAAAGUGCUCUAAAUGGGAAGGAAAUGGCUAGACGCUGUAUGCUGAUAUGGCUGCAAUAGUGACAGCUUGGGGUUUAAAUGGGAGAAAAUGCUGGGAAAAUGCACCCUAUUGCUGGGAAAUUGGAUAGAUUUUGAGGCGGGAAAAGUGUCAUUGAGUAGCCCCAUGGCGCUCCAUUGGAGCUUUUUUGGCGGAAAAUCGCAUGAGGAAAUGACUUGGCUGUCAAAUGGGAAUUUUUUUUGAUGCUUUCGACGUGUCAAGCUUUUGGGGGUGACUUUUGGCGCAAAAAGCCUCAUUUUACAGUCAAUUUUCUCCUGUAUUUGAUGUUUUUCCGCCAGAAAAUCUGUGUGGGGGUGUUGUAGGAUUCCCUGUGGUGAUUUUUAGUUAAUUUUCAGGGCUAUUUAGGUGGUAAAUGGUGUUAUAUUUUACCCGCCAAAAGCCCAAUCUUCGCCUCAUUCUCAGUCGGCUUUUAGAUUUCCUCUUCCAAUGGCGACAUAGGAACGUGCAAGAUCAAGUGACAUUUCGCCGGUUUUCAAAGUGAUUUUCACAGUGAAAUACUUUUGGGAUUUUCCUCAAAAUACCUCCAAAGUGUGCAGGAAGAUUCAGGGCAUCUGGGGAAAGUGAAAUUUUGUGGGUAGUGUUUCUAGUAUACCCGUGAGAGGUGCUUGAAAAUUCAGUGAUUUUCUCUCUGAAAGUUUUUUAAUGUGGCAGCCAUUUCCGGAGCUCUCCCAUUUCUCGAAAGUUAUAUUGAACUAAAAGGGCAAAAUUGAAUUCUGAGAAAAAUAUCCUCUUGCCAUCGGGGUGUUCUGCACGGCAAUUUAGUGGUGGAAUUUUUACCCUCCUAGUAGGACACGCAUACAUCCAACGGAAUCCCAUAUAAGGGAGAGAGGGCAAUUUGGUUUUGUUCAGGCAGGCAGAAAAAAAGGGACGCCCGAAUUCCCUCGCUUGCAAUCCCUCUUUGUGUUGCCGGCAAUUUUAGUGCUGUGAGAAAAUCCGGGGACACCACAAGGGAUAGAGAGAAACAAUUUCCUUUUAAUUUUUGCACCAAAAAAGGAGAAUUAUUUGUUGUCCCAUCUGCAUGAGCCCUUUGAGAGGUUUUUCCGCGAGUUUGCAAUUUUCUGUGCUUGGUGUUUUUUUCCAGUUGCAAUCUCUAUUCUGUGUCAAGUGUUCUUAGUUCUAAAAAAAAAUAAAUACAACAAGCCUUAAAAUAAUUAGACUAUCCCACACUGAAACCCUCUCAUCUGUGGAAUAAGUCAGAGAGUGAGUGUGCGGAGCCCUAAAGCGCCCCUUAUUUGCGCGGUAGCAGCUGGCAUCCACCCCAGAAAUGGAGAGUCAAAGCAGUCCUGAAGAUGUGGCUCGAAAGGUGGUGGCUGCAAAGAGAAAACGAAGAAGUACAACAGAAGGCAAAAAUGUCGAAUACUAUCGACCAGCAAAGCAGAGGAGGGGACCAUUGUCACCCUUUGAGUCAGUCGAUGGUUGGAAUUGCUCGGAUACAACAUCAACCACAUCCCCAGCAAUGUCUGACUGUGGAGUUCCGAGUGUGGAGUGUAGUCUCUCUAGUCCGGCCUCGGUGGCCAACACCCUCAGUCCCGUGGGCAGUGAGGAUGUGGAGAAUGCCGGGGAAGUGUCAGUGGAUAGUGCAAGUGGUAGUGGGGGGUGGCCAACACGUGGGGAACAGACUCCGCAUUCGCGGAAGAAGUUGAAGACACAGAGAAUUGAGGAGAAUGUCUCACAGGGUAACAGUUAUACGUUGCCCAGUGAGAUGCGUAAGUGUCCCCUGCCAGAAUUCUCAUGGGCCAGUUCGACAGCUCUCUGGAGAAAUAUGAUCAAUAAGGAUGAGCACGAUUGGCUCGAGAGGGAGCCAAAUAUGCUAUCGAAGCAUCCGGGACUGAUGCCUCGAAUGCGUGCCAUUCUCCUCGAUUGGCUGAUUGAGGUGUGCGAUGUGCACAAACUCAAGAGGGAAACCUAUUCCCUGGCCAUGGAUUACAUCGAUAGGUAUCUGUCUCGCAAUACAGCUGUUUCCAAGACGAGACUUCAGCUGGUUGGGGUCACAUGCCUUUUCGUGGCUGCAAAGGUUGAGGAAAUCUACCCGCCCAAAAUCGGAGAAUUCGCCUAUGUGACAGACGGAGCGUGCACAGAGAGUGACAUUCUCCAGCAGGAAUUGCUCCUGCUACAGUCUCUGGACUGGAAUAUGAGCACAGUAACUGUGAUGGGAUGGCUUACAAUUUAUAUGCAAAUUCACGUGACAGAUCCCACAAAAUUGUGGAAAAAACCAGUCAUUCGACCUUGCACUGCUCCAUCUUCCAUGCCACAGGUGAAUCCGGAUGCUGUGGCAUUUCUCCUUACCCCAGAUAAGAAUACACCCACCAAAGAGGUGGCUGAAGUGCAGAAAAUCGACGAUUCCUUCGUGUAUCCGCAAUUUUCUGGACUUGAGUACGCACACACAUGUCAGCUACUGGAUCUCUGUUCUCUGGACAUGGGUAUCCUCAAUUUUCCCUACUCUGUUGUUGCUGCAGCUGCUAUUAGUCAUGUUUACAACAAGAAAGUCGCCACGCGAGUGUCUGGCUUGGAGUGGGUUAAUAUUGAGCCAUGUGCCAUGUGGAUGGAACCUUUCUUCAAAGUGAUCAGCGAAGAUCCCAGCACGAUUUUCCAUCUGGAGCAGAGUGAGACACUUCCAGUUUCAUUUGGCGUUGGACAUUUUUGCCCAAAUGCCAACACAGAUGAAUCCUACAAAAUUCAGACUCAUACAAUUUCGUUGGAGAUGUUUGACAAGGUGAUUCAGAGGCGAGAAGAGGAAGCUCAACUGCUGGAGCAGCAACAAUUGGUGAGUGAAAGACACAUCACAGUCAUUCAGGAAGCCUCACCGGCCUUUCAAUCUGAUCCCUGUCCUGUUGGACUCUUGACUCCCCCAGCGUCCAAUAGGAAGUCUCUGGAUGUCCAACCAGAGUCAGAUAGCAAAGACACAAUUAAGACUUAACACUUUCUCUUGGAGAUAGAGCACGUUCUUUCAUGUCCUGGGACAGAAUUAUACUCAAAAAGAAAAAAAAAGAUAAUGAAUAAUUUUGUACAAAGAUGAGUCUGAAAGGAAUAAGACAAUAGGUCUUAUUCAUCCUAAUUCUACCAAUUCUAACUACCAACAAAAAAAAAGCAUCUUUAAGUUUUAGUUAGUUAUACCUGUGCCAUUUUCUGACUCUCUCAUAAAUAAUUUUCCUAAUGAAACAAAAAGUGGGAAAAAAUCAGGAUAAAUUGUUGUUCAGUUAUCGUUAUAUUGUUCCCCUAUUCUUAUUCACAUUUAAGAUAUAUUUUUAUAAUAAUAUAUUUUUCUAAUAUGUUUUUUUCUCUUUUCCUUUUUCUCUGUGAAAGUGGCAAAAUUAGCUUUUUGAAAUAUUUUGAAAAAAACAAUAAAUGAAAAAACGGCAUGAAAAGUGUGUGAAAUGAGAAAGUUCUGUUUAAAAUAAAAUAAGCAUUUUUUAAUAUGUUCUUUGAAAAAAUAUAUUUAAAAAUUGGUUUGAGUGUAUAUAGGAUAUAUUAAAAAAAAAUAUGAAAAAAUGAAAACGCUUGUAAUUUUUAAGUUAUUUAGUAAUAUUAGUUGAUAUUCUUUUAAAGUAAUAAUUGAUAAUACUUUAUAUAUAUAUUUUGUUUAGUAUAAAUUUGGUAAAAAAAAGAUAAACUAGAGUGAAAUAUAUUCGGUUUAUGUUUAAUUUCAGAAAACCUCUAAUUUUAGGAUGAUUUAAUUUUUUAGGUUAGCAAAAGGAAAGAGAUGUAAUAAAAAUGUUAAUGAUUCCUGUUCAUAUGAAAAGAGAAUUAAAAUAG